UCUGUAGUAUAGUUGACGUUGUCAUGACAAAGUGACAGCUAUGAUACAAAACAAACAAGACGAUUUUCUUAAGUUGGUUGUCGAUGAAUUUAUGCUCUUAUCAUUCCCUUCAUGUGAUAGUCAUAAAUAUUGAGAGUAAUCCUUGGUAUUAAUUUUCAUAUUUAUAUAAAUGUAUGAGUAUUAAGUUUUUUAAGAUGAGUGAACCUCAAAUAAUAUACGAACUCUUGUGUUCUAACCUCCAAGUGCCCGCAGACAGUAGAAUAAUGAAGGCUAUGAUUGACGUAAGCAAGUGUGGGGAGCUGGAUAUUGCUGGGAUGUCAGUGACCAGCCAGAUGUGUGACAUCUUGAGCAAGGUGCUGAUACAGAGCAAGGACAUCUGCAGGCUGAAUGUCUCGGACUGUCUGCUUCCGCCGCAAGGACUCAGUCUGAUCCUGGCGACAAUACAUCAGACAAGGAUUCACACACUACAACUGAAGGGAAACAACAUCGGUGGCCCUGCCGUGUACAAGUUGAGCAGGAUGCUUUCCCUCAGCAAACACAUCAAGAAGUUAGUGAUGGACCUAGGUCUGGAAUGGAACAACCUAGGCCUGUGCUCAGAAGGAAUGGCUGAGUUCUGCAGUGUCCUGGCGGCCAAUCAUAAUCUGGAGGUCCUGGACCUGCGGAACAACCAGUUGGAUCCACAAUGUGCUGGUCUCCUAGCUGCAGCACUGCGGAAAAAUACCUCUCUUAGAGCCUUGGAUUUGAGAUGGAAUGCGAUGGAACAAGCCGGAGGUCAAAGUUUUCUGACAGCUCUUCAGACUAAUAAAACACUAACGAUCCUCAAACUGCAGGGUAACUCAAUAUCCAACGAUCUUCUCACAGCGAUUGGACACUGUGUGAAGCAUAACAGUGGAAUGCUACGGAUGCACAGUGAAUAUGAAGCUCGGAGAGAGCUGCUGGCUAAUCAUGCAAAAGCUGUCAAUAACCAACGCGCUCUAGAGUUGCGGCAGUUCGCUGAACGCACACGACGACAAAUAGGUGAAAUGGAUAUAGAAAUGAAGGAGAUCCAGAGGCUGCUAGGCACCAAACAGAAAGAAGUGGAGGAGCUAGAGAGUACACUCUCGGAAACAAAACGAGCAUUAGAAAUAAGCCAAAGAGAAGUGCUAACUCUGCAAGAUGAGCUAAAACUCAAAGACGAGAAUCAAGCCGCCAUUUUAAGGGACUACAAUCUUCAACUUGAAACUGUGAACAAGGCUUUAAUAGCAAACAAGAGUGCAAUGUGUUUACUUGAGGAGAAACUUGAGGAAGAGCGGAAACUGAAGGAGGAUGGUGAAAGAGAGAGGCGGAGAGAUAGAGAUAAGAUACAAAAGUUGGAAGAGGAUAUAGAAAGAAGGAAGGAAGAACUGCAGACUUCUCUCACUGAACAUGUUGCUGCAGUAGAAGAGGAACGCAAACAGUCACAGCAGAGACUUGCUCUGGUCGUGGAGGAAUGGAGUGUGCGGUUGGAGCAGAAAGCGGCUGAACACUCCAGAGCAGAGCAAGUGUACCGGGAGCGGCUGAGAGCGGUGGAGGCAGCCUUGGAGUCAGCUGAGCGAAGUCGAGCGGAGCAGAGCAGUCAGUGGAAUACAGAGAGAGCGAAAUGGGUGGAGGAGAAGGCCAACAUCUGGUCAGAGGCAAGGGAGAAAGAGAGCUGCAAAGUGCUUCUGUUAACUGAAAAAGUGGACCAUCUCAGAGAAGACAAGUCAAGCUUGGAGAAUCAGUUGAGUAUUGCCAACACCACAGCACAACAGUUGCAGCGAGAUAACUCUAUUGUUGUGGCAGACCUGGCGGAGCUCAGGCGCAAAUUGAGUGCUGUACAGGAGGAACUGUCCAGUGAGAGGUUAUUGACUCAAAAGCUGCGUUCAGAGAAGUCAGAUGACCUGCGCUCACUGGAAGCAAUGAGGGGAGACCUAGCAAGCGCACAGAGAGCCGUAAGUGAAGCGAAAGAGCGACAGAAUGAGCUGCAUCAAGAGAUACGCAGACUGUCCAGACAGAUAGAAGACAAGGAGAAGCAGAUAUCGUCAAUCAGGAGAGAAGAGAAAGACAGGGCGGGCGUAUUAGUGGCUGCUAUAAAAACUUAUGUUGAACAGCUCAACUUGGCAAGUUCAUAAGUGACUCCAGCAGUAUUUUCUGUGCAAUAUUUUUUUUCUAGUCGUCUACAAUGUGAUUCCUUUACUGUUUUUGUUAUAAUUGUUUAGUUUUAAUAAAGUUUUGUAUUGAUUUUUAA